UUUCUGUUUAGGCCUCUCCUACAUACUGUUUGGACUCAUGCAAUUUUUGACACUGACAGCGCUCAUAUUGGACCACACCACAGUCACCACUCCUACUAGCCAAAGUGAAUGCGACGAGAUAAUGUUCAGCCACUGACUGUAAGCGGGUGGUGACUUGUGUGUACUGGAAGUGGAUUUGGGGGGAAGCUGAUACCGUAUUCGGUUUCCCCCGUUUCGAGGAAAUGGAGAUUACGGCGGAGGCUGAAGCCGAGGAACGCAGAUUACUGUUCGAUUUAAGAAGGGCGAUCCUCCUUUCCUGUUUUGGCCUGAUGAUGUGACUGGCCAUAUCACGGUGUACGCCGGGCCAGAUUAAUCUAACGCCUCAGUGAUCGAGAUACGGUACUGUAGGUGAGUGUCAACAUGACAUGGGCACUUUGGGGUGGACCCACCGGUUUCAAUCAAUGAGAGAAUAUUUCAAAUAGAUAAAAUGGCGACGUACAUAUUGUUGGAUUACUUCAUGGACCAAAAUGUUUAUUUAUUUUAAUAACGGAGCAUCUUCUAAAUUCAAACGCACCACCUGCAACUGGACACAUACAUUUUAGAAGAUACAUGUUUGGCCGAGUCAAGAACGAAGAUAGUAUCGCCAAGUUAAGGCGGGAACACUGGAAGCUGCUCUCCAGUCUGAAGACCACGGUGGAGGGCCUGGUGUCCACCAACAACCCUAACGUAUGGUCUCGCUACGGUGGUCUGCAGCGGCUGCACAAGGACAUGAACCAUAUCCUCAGCCACGGCCUCAAGCACGAGCAGGUGUACUACAAGCAGAAAGACUACUGGCCCUUUGUGUGGUGUGUCCGCUACAUCAGCCCUCACCUGGCCUCACAUGUAGAACAGUUCAGUAAGCUGGAGCCCGUGCUGAGCAGUGGUAUGCAGAGUGUUGGGGAAGGCUACAAGGCAGAGCGCUGGCUAUUGCACAGCCUUCAGGUCCACCUGCUCUCCGCCCAGCUCAGACCCCUGCUCAAACACCAGGGACACACGCGCAAGUACUACAACGAGGAGGCCUUUCUCCUGAAAGAGCCCCAUGUGACGGCCAUGUUUCAGUAUCUGGAGGCCGUGGAGCAGAACAACCCCCGUUUGCUGGCACUCGUCGACACAGUCAGGCUGUCCACUCUGAAGGGCCCUCAGUGCGUGGGGGGCCUGUUGAAGAGCCAGAGUCUGUGUGUGCUGCCUGGGGCCGGAGGAGGCUGGAGGGCCGGGCUGGGCAAGGGCCAGGGGCCCCCUAGGGAAGAGCUCAACCGCAGGCUCACCACCUCCCAGUGUUCCCUCCCCCACCAAGACAGAGGACAUACACUGAACAGCAUAAACACAGGGGUCAUCUCAGAGAGGAACUCAGACACUAUUCCAUCAGCCAGCGCCCCGGGAGCCCCCUGGGGGUGCGUGUCAGGGUCAGGGGGGGAAGGCGAGCGGGGCGUGACUCCUCCUCCCGGCCCCUUGGCAGCUGUCCCCCGCAUCGCCCUGACCGAGCCUGCCUCUCCAGGCCCUGUCCACUCCGACACCCUAGACUCCGGCGAGGGCGACGACGGCCCAGAGUACCUGGCCAUCGGUAACCUGGGGCAACGCUGCAAUCGGCGUGAAUCCCAGAGCUCCACCCCCGGCCACGAGCCCAGCAGCGAGCCUAGCGGCGGUGGCGAAUUAGGUGGCGAGGUUCCGGUCCAGCCCCCUAGGCGGAGCUCCCUGGCUGUGGUCCCGCCCUCUGCUCCCCGAAGGUCAUCCUUCUCGGAGGGACAGAGGGGGCAGGGUCGGGGGGGCAGCAGGGGGCACAUCCGCUCGAUGUCUGACACGGGGAUCAACCACAAACAUAGACAUGGAGGGGGCCACAGGAAAAUCACCAUUAUAAUAGAGGACCCUGUAGCAGAAUCGUUGGUUGGAGAGGACUGCUGUGUGAAGGCCUACAGCCCCUUCUGCCCUGUCAUCAGUGAUGUCAGCACACCCAGCUCCCUCUAUUUGGAGUCAAAUGGCUCCCAGUACAGCGGUAUUCCAGACGGCAUGUUCCGGAAGCCGUCAGAGGGCCAGAGCCUCAUCAGCUACCUGUCGGAGCAGGACUUCGGCAGCUGUGCUGACCUGGAGAAGGAGAAUGCCCACUUCAGCAUCUCUGAGUCUCUUAUUGCCGCCAUCGAGCUGAUGAAGUGCAACCUGCGGCGGCGGCGGGAGGAGGAGGAGGAUGGCGAUGACAGCGACUCAGAGAUCCAGCAGUUAAAACAGAAGAUCCGCCUGCGCAGGCUGCAGAUCCGACGCAGCUGCCUGCCGCUCUCGCAGCACUUGUUCCACUCCACAGACAGCGGAGGCUCCCGCAGGAGCUCCCAGGAUUCCUUUCACAUGUCCGACUCGGGCUCUGCCGAGGAGGUGGAGGAGUGCGAGCUGAGAGAUGGCUGUGAGGGCCAGUCCCUGAUGGAUGUGUCAAGGAGCGGCCUCUCGCUGUCGCUCGCCUCGCUCUUCUCAGAUGCAGACAUAAAGCGCAGUGUGACUUCCAGUGGCCGCUCAUUCCUCAGCUCAGAGUCUAUCUCUCCGUCGUUCCUCCAGUCUAACUCGGCUGAGUCGGUGGCCAUGGGGCUGCUCAGGCAGUUUGAAGGCAUGCAGCUCCCCGCAGCCUCGGAGCUCGACUGGCUGGUCCCAGAGCAAGACGCACCGCAGAAGCUCCUGCCCAUCCCUGACUCCCUGCCCAUCUCUCCUGAUGAUGGAGAGCAUGCUGACAUCUACAAGCUGAGGAUCCGGGUGCGAGGGAACCUAGAGUGGGCACCGCCCCGACCCCAGAUCAUCUUCAACAUCCACCCCGCGCCCAAGAGGAAAAUAGUUGUGGCGAAGCAGAACUACCGCUGUGCAGGCUGUGGGACUCGCAUAGACCCAGACUACAUUAAGCGAAUGCGCUACUGCGAGUACCUGGGCCGCUACUUCUGCCAGUGUUGCCACGAGAACGCCCAGGCAGUGGUGCCGGGCCGCGUGCUGAGGAAGUGGGACUUCAGCAAGUACUACGUUAGCAACUUCGCCCGGGACCUGCUGGGCAAGAUCGCCGGAGACCCCCUGUUCAACCCCAACGACAUCAACAGUGGACUCUACAAGAAGAACAAAGCCCUGGAGACUGUCCGGGUUUUGAGGGUCCAACUCUUCCACAUGAAAAACCUCUUCAAGACAUGCCGCCUAUCUAAAGACGUGCUGGACCAGUUUGACAGCCUCCCAGGUCACCUGACUGAGGACCUGCACCUGUUCUCCCUCAACGACCUCAGUGCUGUGCGCAACGGAGAGCUGGCCACCCGGCUUCGAGAGCUGCUGAAAUUGGGUUCUAUGCACGUGGCUGGCUGUGUGCUGUGUCAGGCCAAGGGUUUCGUGUGUGAGUUCUGCGGCAACGACAAAGACAUCAUCUUCCCCUUUGAGCUGAACAAGUGCACGCGCUGCGAAGAGUGCAACGCGUGUUUCCACAGCAAAUGUUUCCAGGCAGGCAAGGAGUGCCCGCGAUGCCAGCGCCUGGCAGAGAGGCGGGAGAGGAUGGCACGCAAGAACAUGGAGGAGCAGGAGGAUAAGGAGGAGGACGAGGGAGGCGGGAGCUAGGAUGACGAACUGAGAAACAAAGGAGCGAGGACUGGAAAAGAAAGACGGGGGAAAAACGAGAACACAACAAUGAUUUUAGUGACUGACAGUGACCCUUAUUCUUUCAACUCCUCCCGCCAUCCCUCUCUUUUCCCUGAAAUUGCAGCUUCUGGCUACUGGACGAGCUCUGAUGAUUUUGUUUUUCGGUAGCUUUAGUGAAAGAUGAGAUUUUUUCCUUCUUCACCCAAACUGACAGGAUACUUUAUUUUGUUUUUUGAACGCAUUGUCAAUAUGCUAAAUAGCAUAUUAUAUUAAUAUAUUGGCUUUAUUUUUCUGCUUUUAUGGUUUGCUGCUCUGAUUCCAAGUGCAGAUAUCAUAAUAUGAUAGUCCUGCCAUGUACAGUAUGUAAAGAAGUGAUCAUUUUUAAAUAGAACAAGGUAGGUAGAAGUACUGAAAUGUAAGUACUUAUUACUCUAACUCCAUCCCAUUUUAUGCUAUUUUAGCCAAGCCUAUGUGCCUCUGUCACCAAUGUUCUUGUACUGGCAGAGCUAGUGCCCCAUUGGUUGUUUAAGAGAAGUUGGAAUGACAAGUCUUUAGAGGAGGUCUCUCAAUCAGUGUUGCACAGAGUUGUGAAUAUUUUAAGACGAGGCAGUGGAGACGGCAUGUUUGUGCUGCUUUAUGUGUGCGUGUGUGAGAGAUGUAUGCGUGUGUGCAUCUACUAAAAAGGCGUGUGAGCGGAAGUACUAUGGAGUGUGUGUGUGUGUGUGUCUCUGUACCUACUGUAUAUGCAUCUGUGCAGAAACGUUUUGCACCAGCCUAAUCAGGCACUUAAUAUAUCACUUUUUGUCUUUGUGUAAAAUAUGAAGCCUGUUUAUUUUGUUUUAUUGCACUGGUAUGUCUGGGGUUGUGGAGGUGGCAAGUCACUCUCGGGGGUAUUGUUCAUCUCACACAAAGCACAUAGGGCUUUCACAUUUUAUAGUACCUUUCUCACUCUUCUUACUUACCAUCCUGAUCUCGUGAGCUUACAUUCUGUAUUGCUACAUGGAUUAAACUUUGGCCUCUUCCAAAAUGUCA